CUUUCCAUAACCUUUCUAAAGAAAUUAAACCCUUUACAAUAAUACACAAUACCCUCCAAACCCUUCUUCCAUAAGUAGUUAUAACCUUACAACUUUCCUUCUCCUUCUUCUUCUUCCCCCAUCUUCACCAUUCAACCAAAAUCUCAUGCAACUUUGACACUCAAAGAAGGAAAAUCAAAGAGAAGUCAGUCUUUUUGUCAAAAAGAGCAGGCACCCACAAAUAAGAAGAAAAAGGAAACAAUGGUGCUACAUUCAGAAGAUUUUCUUUGGGGUUUCUCAGUCAUUUCUCUAGCUCUCUACCUCUUCAACAACAUCUCCAAACACUCCUUCCUCUCCCUCCUCACCUCUUCUUCUUCUUCAUCCUCCUCCUCUCCUCUUUCAUGGCUACAAAGGCUCCUCCCACCUCAAGAUUCCUCUUCAUCAGCUGAUGAGAACACUCAUCAUCAAGAACAAGAACAACAAGAAGAAGAGAUCAUGAUGGUGAAUAGCCUCAAAGAUUGCGGCAAGAAGGAGAAAGGGCUUCUUCUUCAUCCUCAUCCCCAUCAAAGUGGUGGCAACAACAACAAGCUGACGAUCAUGAAGAAGAAGAAGAAGAUCAGGCCAAGCAACCUCAUCGUGCCGAUCCAAAGCUACCCAUGUGCCAAAUCGGAGUUCGAAGAGCUUUGCAAGAGGUCGGAGAGCAAGGAGCUCGAGGUUCGUGGGAGGAACUUUUGCUUGGCUAGCAAGAAAGGGAGGAGGGAAGUCAUGGAGGAUGGGUAUGAAGUCGUCACCGACAUCCAUGGAGACUCCAAGCAGGGUUUUUUCGCGGUGGUCGACGGGCACGGUGGCCGGACGGCGAUGGAGUACGUGGCGGAGAAUUUGGGGAAGAACAUAGUGGAAGCCAUGGAUGAUGGUGAUGAGGUGGUGGUGGAGGAAGCAAUUCGAAAGGGAUAUUUUGUUACAGACAAAGGGUUCCUUAGCCAGAGGGUUAGUAGUGGAGCUUGUGUUGCAAGUGUGGUGAUGAAAAAUGGAGCAAUGCAUGUCGCGCACGUGGGGGAUUGUCGAGUAAUUCUAAGCAGACACGGAGUGGCCGUUCCAUUGACAAUCGAUCAUCGUCUCAACAGUACUAGAGAAGACGAGCGGCGACGUAUUGAGAAUAUGGGUGGCUAUGUACACUGCGACAGAGUCCAAGGUUCGCUAGCCGUCUCGAGGGCUAUCGGGGAUCUCCACCUGAAGGAAUGGGUCAUCUCCGAGCCCGAUAUCAGCAAGGUUCCAAUCACUCCAGAUUGCCAGUUCUUGAUCAUGGCUUCUGAUGGCCUCUGGGAUAAGGUUGGUGAGCAAGAGGCAGUUGAUGAAGUCUCAAGGCAUUAUUGUAACAACAAUGGAGUACUGAUGGAAGCAUGCAAGAAGCUGGUUCAGUUGUCUUUCAGCCGAGGCAAUUUGGAUGAUGCAACGGUUAUGGUUAUUAGUCUAGGGAGUUUCAUGGACCAACAACCACCAAUUUUGAGCAACUAAUUCAUGAAGAGUAUAUAGUUAUGUAGUUAAUUAAGUAAUAUUAGAGUUAUUUCCAAUGGAUGAAUACCUAGUGUCUUUGGAAAUAUCAAAGACAAAAGGUUGGAUCGAUGUGUAUUAUUAUUAUAUUUAGCGUUUUCAUAUCUUGUAAAUUUACUUGCUUAUGGUACUUUGUUGAAUUGUUAAGUACAUAAUGGGAAGAGUUUCCAUCUCCAUUAUGAUAUUCUCACUCUACAUUUUUUUUUUAACUUUGAGCAACGAAUAUUAAACCGGUGAGACUAUAAAAAGACAUGGUAAAAAGUUACUUGUUGUAAGCAAUCACUUCUUAAUAAAUUUUGUUUCGAUAU